UUAUUUUUUAUUAACUAUUAUUUAUUUCACUACAAAUCUUUUCUCUACUGAGAAACUUUUUUUUUUAUCAUAAAUCCAGACCUUUUCCCCACUUUUACAUGCAUAUGUACUUAACACACAUACAUAUGUACAUAAAUAUACCUAUAAUACUCUCUCUCCACUCUGCGCCAGUCAGGAUGUUGCCAUUUUAUUUUUUUUUUUCUGAAAAAGGCUGCGUUCUAAAGUUGCAUGUUUUCUUUUUUUUUUCUUUCAGACGGUAAAAAAAUUUUUUGUUGUGGUAGUCGUGGAGUGAAAAAUAAUAACCAUAACAACAAAUAAUAAUAAUAAUAAUUAUUAUAAAAAUUAAAAAAGAGCAGUAAACAGUAAACAAGUGAUAUUUCAAAUAUUAAAAUUGUCAAAAAAGGAUAAUGGAGGGCCAAAAGAGAAAAUGGAAUAAUUAUUACUCAAAAGAUCAAAGAAAAAAAAAACAAGCAUACAUAGAAAGUGGAAUGAAAGGCUUUCUUUGUACAUGCAAUUUUCGUGAAAAAGAAUGUAUUAAAGAUGCAUACAAGUUGCUUGAAAAAUUUGAAUCUGAGCUGAUAAAUGAUGACAAUAGUGUUGCUGUUGUAACUAAAGAUAAUCAACAAUGUCAAACAUCUCAACAAAAUAAUAAUAAUCAUGAUGAUGAUGAUGAUGUAUCAGAUGCAUUGAAUAAAGAACUUGAUGAAUUAAAAAAACAAUCAGACAAAUCAGCUGUUGCUAAAAAAUUUCAGUAUAUUGAUACCGGUGUUAAAAAUUGUAUUUUCAUAAGUACAACCCUGGCAAAUCCACUUGAUUUGGCCAUGAAAAUAUUUCAAGAUUUGGAUGAAACAAAACAAGGAAAAAGUCGAUUUCUUCUGAGACUUGUACCAAUUCAAUUAAUUUGCAAAGCAAACAUUGUUGAUAUUAAAGCUAAAUCAGUUGAAUUAAUUGAACAAUAUUUUACAAAAACACCAAAGACAUUUGCUAUUGUUAUCAAUCGACAUUACAAUAAUAGUCUUCAAAGAUCAGAUGUUAUUGAAACAGUUGCUGCUAUGAUAUGUGAAAAAAAUAGUGAAAACAAGGCAGAUUUGUCAAAUCCAGAUAUUGCCAUUGUUGUUGAAAUAAUUAAGGGUCAUUGUCUUAUUUCAAUUGCACCUCAUUAUUUUAAAUAUAAAAAAUAUAAUUUAUUGGAAUUAUGCAACAUCAAAGAAGAAACAGUUCAAUCAUCAUCAUCAACAACAACAACUUGUGAUAAUGAAAAUGAGCCAAAAAAUGUUGAUGAUAUGAUAAAUUGAUGAUUCACUAAAA